AGCCCAGUGCACGGAGCAAGCCCCGCUGUCUGUAGGAACCUGACAGAUAAUGUGCACCGAGAGAUGAUAUGGCAGAAUCGCGUGCAAAUGUUUCAACGAGGCAAUAGGCCAGGCAGGAAAUUGGAGUAAAGCUGAAACAUAAGGCUUUGCUACCCAGCCAGCUUGCCAGCUUGUGUGUGCGUGUGUGCUCGAAGUGCCUAUGGCGGAGUUUGGGGAGGACGGCAGCCUGCCUCCAUUGAAUCUUGGGGAUACUGCCGUGCCCAGCGACGAAGCAGCUGGCAAGACGCAUUGCGAAGUGUCGGUCUUGAAUGGAGACUGUGGGAUAUCAGAAAAUAUGGUCGGCUCGGGAUCCCUCGUCGCACCUGGAAGCCAAGCCGGGGUGGAUACCGCCAACACCUCUGUCGGAGUGGAUGCCAAAUCUGAAAUACCACGCAGGAGCAGCAUUAUCAAGGAUGGCUCCAGACAGCGUAAAGAAAGAAAGAAGACUGUAUCAUUCAGCAGCAUGCCCACUGAGAAGAAAAUUAGCAGUGCAAGCGACUGCAUCAAUGCAAUGGUGGAUGGCUCUGAGCUGAAGAAAGUACGAUCCAAUUCCCGCAUCUACCACCGCUACUUUCUCCUUGAUGCUGACAUGCAGUCUUUGAGAUGGGAGCCCUCGAAGAAGGAAUCAGAAAAGGCAAAAAUAGAUGUGAAAUCCAUUAAGGAGGUGCGCACAGGUAAAAACACGGACACUUUUCGAACUAAUGGAACCUAUGAUCAGAUAUCAGAGGAUUGUGCCUUCUCAAUCAUCUUUGGUGAGAACUAUGAGUCUCUGGAUUUGGUGGCAAACACUGCAGAUGUAGCCAACAUUUGGAUUACAGGGCUGAGGUACCUGAUAUCCUACGGAAAACAUACCUUGAAUAUGAUAGAGAGCAGUCAAAAUAACAUGCGCUCAUCUUGGCUAGGUGAACUUUUUGAUGAGGCAGACGUCAACAACAGCAAGCAAAUAACAAUAUGUGCCGCAGUGCAGCUUAUCAAAAAGUUGAACCCAGGACUUAAAAAUGUGAAAAUAGAACUGAAGUUCAAGGAGCUUCACAAAGCAAAGGACAAAGCAGGUUCAGAUGUGACAAGAGAUGAAUUCAUUGAGGUCUUUCAUGAUCUUUGCACCAGACCAGAAAUUUAUUUUCUCUUUGUUCAGUUCUCGAGCAACAAAGAAUUUCUGGAUACCAAGGACUUAAUGAUAUUUCUGGAGGCAGAGCAAGGUAUGGCACAAGUGAGCGAAGACACCAGCUUAGAGGUCAUUCAGAAAUAUGAACCGUCUAAAGAGGGCCAGCUCAAGGGUUGGCUGUCUCUUGACGGGUUCACCAACUAUCUUAUGUCUCCAGAGUGCCAUAUAUUUGACCCUGAACAAAAAACAGUGUGCCAAGACAUGAACCAGCCCUUGACCCACUAUUACAUCAACUCAUCCCACAACACAUAUCUGAUAGAAGAUCAGUUCAGAGGUCCGUCCGAUGUGACAGGGUAUAUCCGUGCCCUCAAGAUGGGCUGCCGCAGUGUUGAGCUGGAUGUGUGGGACGGGCCUGAUAACGAACCUGUCAUUUACACUGGUCACACAAUGACAUCACAGAUAGUUUUCCGCAGUGUCAUUGAUGUCAUCAACAAGUACGCGUUUGUUGCAUCCGAGUUUCCCCUGCUGCUGUGUUUAGAAAACCAUUGCUCCUUAAAGCAGCAAAGAGUCAUGUUUCAGCACCUAAAAAAGAUCCUCGGGGACAAGAUCCACCUAGAUCCUCCAAAACCGGAAGACUGCUACCUCCCCUCGCCCCUAGUGCUGAAGGGAAAGAUACUGUUAAAGGGUAAGAAACUGAGCACGAACUGCACUGGUUCAGAAGGUGAGGUAACAGACGAGGACGAGGGGGCUGAGAUGUCUCAGAGGAUGAGCAUUGAAUCCACGGAACAACAGACUAUCGCACCCAAGAAAUUCCAGCUGUCAAAGGACCUCUCGGAUCUGGUGACCUUGUGUAAAUCUGUGGAGUUCAAAGACUUCCCAACGUCUUUCCAGAACCAGAAGCAGUGGGAGCUUUGCUCUUUUAACGAGGUCUUUGCCAGUCGCUGCGCUAGCGACUUCCCAGGUGACUUUGUUAACUACAACAAAAAGUACCUUGCGCGAGUUUACCCAAGCCCCAUGCGGAUUGACUCAAGCAACAUGAAUCCACAAGAUUUCUGGAAGUGUGGCUGCCAGAUUGUGGCGAUGAACUACCAGACGCCUGGCCUGAUGAUGGAUCUCAACAUCGGCUGGUUCCGUCAGAAUGGGAACUGCGGCUACGUGCUGCGUCCAGCGAUCAUGAGGGAGCAGGUUUCGUAUUUUAGUGCCAACACUAAAGAUUCAGUGCCUGGUGUUUCCCCACAGCUUUUACACAUCAAGAUCAUCAGCGGACAAAACUUCCCGAAACCCAAAGGCUCAGGUGCCAAAGGAGACGUUGUGGACCCCUAUGUGUAUGUGGAAAUACACGGCAUUCCUGCUGACUGCGCUGAGCAAAGGACUAAAACAGUCAACCAGAAUGGGGACAACCCUCUCUUUGAUGAGAGCUUUGAGUUUCAGAUAAACCUCCCCGAGCUCGCAAUGGUGCGCUUUGUGGUGCUAGACGAUGACUAUAUUGGUGAUGAAUUCAUUGGCCAAUAUACGAUCCCCUUUGAGUGUCUCCAGCCAGGUUUUCGCCACGUCCCGCUGCAGUCUCUGACAGGAGAGGUCCUGCCACAUACCUUGCUGUUUGUUCAUGUGGCUAUAACCAAUCGAAGAGGAGGCGGCAAGCCACACAAACGAGGACUGUCUGUACGAAAGGGCAAGAAGAGCAGAGAGUAUGCCAGCAUGAGGGUGCUAUUGAUCAAGGCUGUGGAUGAUGUCUUCAAAACAGCCAUGCUGCCACUGAGGGAGGCGACAGACCUCAGAGAAAACAUGCAGAAUGCCAUUGUGUCCUUUAAAGAGCUAUGCGGCCUUUCAGCAGUGGCUAACCUGAAGCAGUGCAUCUUGGCCCUUUCCCCUCGACUGAGUGGACCUGACAGCAGCCCGCUUGUGGUGUUCAACCUCACUGACCAGUACCCGAAUUUGGAGCCCCAAGGGAUGCUACCAGAGGUCCUCAAAAAAGUCGUCACAACCUAUGAUACGGUGAUCCAGACCAGCAAGACUCUGCUCGAGAACUCUGAAGGGGUGUACGAGAGAAUCCUACAGACCCAAAAAGCAGCGAUGGAGUUUCACGAGAACCUGCAUGACUUGGCUGUGAAGGAGGGCCUGAAGGGCAGGAAGCUGCACAAGGCCGUGGAGAGCUUCACCUGGAACAUCACCAUACUGAAGGGUCAGGCAGACCUACUGAAGCACGCCCGGAGUGAAGUCCAGGAGAACCUCAAGCAGAUCCACUACGCUGCGCUCACCUGUAACCUGAGUAAAGGCGGAUCAGCCGGCGGCUCCUCCGGCUCUGAGUCCAAGAGCAGACGCAGCCUCGAGGCCAUUCCCGAAAAAGCCGUCGCAGAGGACGAGCUCACCGAUGAGGACAACUGAAGACCCACAGUCUGGUGCUCUCUUGGCACCCACAUACAGAACUCUGUUCCUGCCUCCUGAGCUCAAAACCCAAAGUUCUUGCUCUCUCCUCGACCACGCUGUGGCAUCAUCGCUCCGCACACAACAGUGUUUUCCCACAUUCCAUUAUGUACAUUCCUAUAUCCCGAGCACAGCUGUAACCUCUUACACUUCUGCCUUGUAAUCAUCAAUAAAAUACCACAACUACUCUAAAACACAAAUCCUUCCCAAGUUCAGAUCACAGAAAGUUUACACAAGUUUGGGUAACUGUCAUUAUUUCAAGUCACCAAAAGUUUAGCUGUACUUAACGCUGGAAAAGUAUGAAAGAUCUUAAAUUUUCUACAAAUUCAAUGCUGCCGGCUAUUAUGUGCACACAUCACAUAAAUCAGGUGUGCAAACUCAUCAGGGGGUGGAAAAACGUGGGAAGGACGGAAAAAGGUGACAAAGGCCUCACUGCUAUUGCACAUAAAAGCCGCUAACACCCACUAAAGUCUAGCUUUUUAAUGCAAUGGGAAUGCGUACAAUCGGCAUUCACAACUGGGUCAAAUGACUCUGCGGUACACACAGGUUUUUAUCGCCUCUGGCUCCAAUCUGCAUUGAUGGGAGCACAACAUUAGGGUGAAUGCAGUAAUUCCAGCUUCUUAAUUGGCGAGAUAUGAUGAAACGCUGCCACUAGUUAACCUCUGUCUCCUCCUAAGCAUCCAAAUACAUCUGCACUGAGUCUGAAAGACAGA